ACUUUGUGCGUCCUGCGUUCACGGCGCGCCUCCUUGUUCUUCUUCUUCUUCAGCGCCAGCGGGGACCGCCCGAGCAAAAACCCACCGCACAUGGCCAUCGUCAACAAACCAAAGAGUUAGUUACCUGUCUGCUGCUGAACGCGGUGCCACGGCGAAGCGCGAGCGCACUGAUAGGUACAAACAUCGCGAAAGCCACAUUUAAUUAAUUAGUUACGUAUUAUAUAGAUAUUUUGUGCUUUAAAACAAAUUAAGUGCAGAAUAUAAUAAAUGAAAUAAAAUUGUUGAUUUGUUAAUGGGUGAUUGUUGAACACAUUGAUCAAGUAAUGACUAAUUGAUUGAAUCGAUUAUACCAGCUGGGAAAGCAUCAUCAAUGUGUGGGUCGGUGUAAAUUGAGUCGAUCACCACGACCGCGAAGAGCAGCCACAGCCGGAGCACAUUGGCUCUAAUUGGAAAUCCAAAGAUCAGCGAAUUCACCGAAAACGCAAACCGCGAUAAACACAAAUAGCUGGAUACAAUUACUUAAAUUACAUUCAUCAGAGUUAAUUAAAUUCGAAACUAUUAAAUAAUAAUUAUUUAAUUAAUAAACUUGUUCACAAUGUUAAAGUUAUUACUGCUAGUUGUGUGUUUCUGUGGGUUUAAUAACGCUGCACAGGCUAAAUCAAAAUCAUACGUGAAGAAUCUGAUCGGCGAGCCGGACUAUAGAAAGGUCCAGCUGCAUUGGGAGACGGACAAGUUCAAUGUCCCCGCGCCGGCCAACUUCCAAAUCAGGUACUGCGAGCUGCAAUCGUGGGGUUCCCAACGGUGCCGCACCAAAUUAGUUGACGACCAAAUGAAUGGCGAAGGCGCCGGGAUGGACAUCGACGGGGAAGAUCUACGCGUAUAUUCAACUGAAAUCGUCGGUUUACGAAUGGCAACCACAUAUUCAUUUGAAGUUAAGAUGAAGUCCAAAGGUACACGAGAAGAUCGGGCCGAUGGUGAUGACACCAAUCAGAAUAUCAUAGUCAUACCAACCAAAGGAUUUUCAGCAAAAGCAACGCAAUGUCUUCCUCACGCGUCAGAAAUAGAAGUUUCAACAGGUCCACACUUUGGUGGUCGAAUUGCUGUGGAAGCAGCCGAUGGUGAAAGAUGUGCAAUUGAUGGUGAACCACAUAGUUCUAGAGACACCUACACUUUGCGUAUAAAUCAUGCUGAAUGUGGAAGUGCAGUAAAUGAAACAACUGUGGCAACCUUUGUUUUGGUUCAAGAAAAUCUCCCCAUUCUAACGCAUAGCACAAGAAGAUUUUUAGUCCUGUGCACAUACCAACCAGAAACAUUGACUGUUCGAGCAGGUUUGAAUUUACCAAAUAAUCAGAAACAUCACGGUCAAGGACAAGGCAAAGUCACUUUGGAAGAAGAAAACUCUGUGAAUGAUAAAAAAAGCGAUAGAGGACGUACCGGAAGAGUACUACAUAAACCAGAAGCCUUAGUAAAUCCCAACGUUGACAAGUCUCGACGCGCCGACGAAGACACGCUCUACUUCCGCGUGCCUUUGAUCGUCGUCUUCCUUUUGAUGCUCGUCGGUAUCGCGGUCGGCCUGAUGGAGAUCGUCCGGCUGCGCAUUAAAGCACGCCUACUCAAGGAGUGCGACACGCGUUCAAUCGCUUCCAUGUCCAGUUGCAACACGAUCGCGUAGAAUAAAACCACGAGAACAAAAAAAACAACACGACUUUCUUCUCUUAUUUUAUUUUUAAAUUUAUGUUUGAUGUAGGUGAAAUUGUGAUGCGCAUUUGUUGUGGUUUAACUUUUACUUGUGUGCUUGCACCGUGCGCAGUUUGAAACACACAUCAAAGCAAUUUUCAAGCAAAAAUACAAACAGAACUUGUUUUGAUAAUCAAUGGAGACAAAUUGCGCACGGGUGUAUGCACGUAGACGUAGUGAUUUUUAACUUAUUACAUUAUUUUACUAGAAAUAUAAAUUUUGUAUAAAAAUACAAAAAUAAACUGCUAAAGUAAA